AUUCCAUCGAUGAUUCCAGAUUCUCUUGUCUUGAAGGCUAAGGGAGAGGCGACAGCUGGGAAGAUGUGGGAGAAGGUGAAGGAUGAAUUUGAGAAGGAAUCGAAGAUGAUGACCGUGGAUUUGCGCCGGAAGCUCCAAGAGGAGCGUCUCCCAGAGAAUGGAGACAUAAAGGCUCACCUAACAAAGCUCAAAUCCCUACGACAGGAUCUCACAGCGAUAGGAGCCCAUCCAGGAGAUGAAAACUUCGCCGCAAUGCUCCUAGGAUCACUACCGUCAUCGUAUGAUCCAUAUCUAGCAGCAUUAACUGCAGCGUCUGCUCUCCUCAAUAAAACUCUCGACCCAGACACUUACCUUCGUGGCAUUGGCGAUGAGACUGAUCGACGA